AUGGUGCUCCACAAUCUUACACGGAUGCAAAAUGGGGAUGAGGGUUGGUUGAAUCGCCAAACAAGCAAUAUAUGUCCAGAACAUUUUGUUGAUCUCCCUGGAGGUGACAACCACUACAAUAAUGAUGUGAUGUCUCUUAGCAGCCAAAUAGAGGAUGGGAACACAGUUAGAGAUAUGAUAGCACUAAAUAUGUGGAAUGACUACAGUCGGGUCUCCGAGGAUCAAUUUGAUGAAAGCUGCAGCAGUCCAAAGAAAGCCUUCUCCAAAGAUUUCCAGCACACAAAAAGAAAACCAUCACCAAAAGUUGAUCAUUCUAGAGCGAGUUGGGAUGCGGGACUUGAAAAGGCUUUGAUUGACCUUCUUCAUGAGCACAACAAUGAAUGUUAUAGGGGACAGAAUGGAUGGUCAACAGAAGCAUGGAACAAAAUUGUCAAAUUAUUCCAUGAGAAGUUCCCGUAUGUCAGAUUUACGAAGGUUCAAAUCCAAGACAAAGACAGAGAGUUAAAGAGGGAAUACAGAGUUCUAAAAGAAGCAAGAAAACAAAGUGGUGCACAUUGGAAUGAAAAGCUGUGCAGGAUUGAGGGAGAUGAAGCUGUUUGGAACAACAUUAUUACUCCUUCUCAAGGUGGUAUCACACACACACAACCUUCUUCCCAAGUUCCUGUCACACAGCCUUAUGGAGGUGCUAUCACACAUCCUUUUUUCCAAGUUCCUGUCACACAUCCUUAUCGAGGUGCUACCACACAACCUUCUCAAUCUGACAUCACACAAGCCAAUUAUAUUGGGGAAGAAACUGAAAAGGGCCCUUUUGACCCUUCUGGACAUGCUAUGGAUGAUGAUGAUGAGGUCAGAAUUGUGGACCAACCAACCACUAGUUCAUCAUUAAACAAAAGAGAGAAAAGGCCUGCUACUUCUAGAAACAAAAAUCCAGUGUCUAGUGAUAAAGCGGAAAGAGCAGGAUUCAAACGCAGACAAGAUGGGAAGGUUGUUGAGAUGAUGGGAUGGUUUCUGGAACUGAAAGAGAAGCAAGCCGAGGCUGAACCCGUGCAGCAGAAAAGGGCAAGAACUAAUGCGCAUGAGUUCCCCAUCCAAGUGUGCAUUGCUGUUGUGGACAACAUGGAAGAUCUAUCAGAUGAUGAGAAGGUCGAGGCUUCUGAUGUAUUCAAAGAUCCACAAAACAGGGUCAUUUUCAUGACCGCGAAAGACUCUAACACGACUCAAGUGGUUAAGGAAGAAGAUUAG